UCAGUCAUUUACAAAGAGUUAAAGAGACUGCAUCCAACCUUUCUCCGAUCUAGUUCUCAUCAUCAUUAUGUCCUCAUCAAAAGCGAAUUCUUACGAGAAGUUCUCAGAUGCUCCUCCGGCGACCGGUAUUCCGGUGAACUCCAGCGACCCCUACUUUAGUCAUCCUGCAGCUCAUCAUGAUCAUCAUCUCCAUGCUACAGCUCCCCAGCCUUGGAAUUCUGGCCUCCUUGACUGCUUCUCCGAUCCUAAGAGCUGCUGCCUAACAUUCUGGUGUCCCUGCGUCACCUUUGGCCAGAUUGCUGAGAUUGUGGAUAAAGGCUCUACAUCUUGUGGUGCAAGUGGAGCACUGUACACAUUGAUAGCUUUUGUGACUGGUUGUACUUGCCUCUAUUCUUGCUUCUACCGCUCCAAAAUGAGGCAGCAGUACACUUUGGACGAGAGCCCCUGUGGUGAUUGUCUGGUUCACUGCUUCUGUGAGCCCUGCGCCUUGUGCCAGGAGUACCGUGAGCUCCAAAGCCGCGGUUUCAACAUGGCCAUCGGAUGGCAUGGAAAUAUGGACAAAAGGAGCCACGAAGUGCCAAUGGGCUCGAUGCCUCCUACGAUGGAGGGAGGCAUGAGUCGUGAUAAAUGAGACCAAGAUUCAUGCCAUAAUUACCGCUUGAAUUAAGUUGUGAAUGUAAUUUUGAUGUACUUGAUUCUUCAAGCAUGUAUAAACGAAUAAAGGAUUUCAUAUUUUGUUGAACCCUCUUCUUCUUUCAAUUAGGAUUGUAAGUCUCGACACUUAUGUCUUUAUUCUUGUCCAAAUGGUAAUGUAUAAAGAAUGCCCGGCUGGUGUCCAAAGGCUUGGUUCC